AGUACUGGAUGCUGUUCUCCAUGUAACUUGCGUUAGUGUCUAGCAAACACAACUAGAAACCGGUAGCUCACUAGCUCCCUCACUCUUUACGCAAACUCGUGUCGUUGAAGAGAGAGAAAAAGACAUUAUAAAACAGACCCCAACAAAACAAAUCUUCAUAUAAAUUCAUUCUCGACUACAUACAUACAGAUCUGCUCAUUUUUGUUUUUCGCAUCAAUAACCAAUUCGUUCCCCAAAAGCAUCAUCUGCGUUUGUUCGGAAAAGGUGAUAUGCUAAUUAAUUUUUAUUGGGUUUGAUUUUUUCAAAAAAAGGGCGCAUUUUGCAAGAUGGGCUCCAGGAAAAAAUCAAGCAAUUCGUCUAAUUCUUCUGCUGCUUCAUCGUCUAGGGACUCUAAUUCUUCGAUCUCAGGACUACGUGAGAAGCAUCAACAUGAACUCGAGACUUUGACUUUGACUACACAUCCGUGCAGAACAUUGAAGUUUUUUGCUUUUGCUGUUUUUGAUUAUGUGAAGCAAUCAAUUUCAUAUCUCUUAGAAAAAGGUGGUUGGCUUUUAGUCUGGAGUACCUUGGUAAUGUUAUGUGGAAUUCUCUUGGCAACUAUUGAAGGUUCUCAUGAAAAGCAUGUCCAGGAGGCUCUGCGGUACCUUCAGUUUGUAUUAUGGUGGACAGCCCUUGGUGUUGCAUCUUCGAUUGGCCUUGGAUCUGGACUGCACACUUUUGUCCUCUAUUUGGGCCCACAUAUUGCUCUCUUUACCAUAAAAGCAAUGCAAUGCGGCCGAGUUGAUUUGAAAAGUGCUCCAUAUGAUACAAUACAGUUGAAACAAGGUCCAUCAUGGCUUGAUAAGGACUGCUCUGAAUUCGGACCUCCAUUAUUUCAGUCUGUUCAUGGUUCAAGAGUGCCUCUUAGCAGUAUCUUGCCUCAAGUCCAGUUGGAAGCUAUUUUAUGGGGUGUUGGAACUGCAUUGGGUGAACUUCCACCAUAUUUCAUUUCAAGGGCAGCAAGCUUAUCUGGAAGCAAGUUGGACCCAAUGGAGGAAUUGGAUGCGUCUUCCCCUGAAGAAUCUGGAUUCAUUGGCAGGCACUUAAAGCAAUUGAAAUAUUGGCUCUUGUCACAUUCUCAGUACCUGAAUGGCUGGACAAUUUUGCUGCUUGCUUCGGUGCCAAAUCCUCUGUUUGAUCUGGCUGGUAUAAUGUGUGGACAAUUUGGGAUACCUUUCUGGCAAUUUUUCCUUGCUACGUUAUUUGGAAAGGCCGUUAUAAAGACGCAUAUUCAGACAAUAUUUAUAAUCUCAGUAUGCAACAAUCAGCUACUAGACUGGGUGGAGAAUGAAUUAAUUUGGGUGCUUAGCCAUAUACCUGGAGUCGCCUCUGUGCUGCCUACAUUAAUUGCCAAACUGCAUGCUGCUAAAGACAAGUAUCUUGUUACCGCUCCACCAGUGGCUUCUAAAGUCCAGGUAAAGAAGUGGGGGCUUUCUUUUGCUUCAAUCUGGAAUACUGUUGUCUGGCUUGUCCUCCUGAACUUUUUUUUCAAGAUAGUGAAUGCAACUGCUCAGAGUUUUUUGAAGAAAGAGCAAGAAAAGGAACUAACCUCGUUCACAAAGCAGUCACCCGCACCAAAACAGUGAAAGAGAAACAAAACUAGUAGAAACGAAACUUGAUUAAAGCGUUUUGGUUCGUGUUCCUCCUGUUUGUUUCUCAUAACAAAAUCAAGUAAUGGUAGGUGGUCAAAGAUUUGAGCAUCGACUUCUCACAGUUAGGUUUCUACCUCAUAUUUAUCCUCCUGCAAGAGUCACCGCCCUUAGAUGCAUUGUAUAGAUAGAAAUAGGAUUGAUGGUGGCGAGGAGAAGCAACAGCUUAAUAUUCCUGAUAGUGUUUGUUUUGUUGAAGUUUGACUCAAUCUGAUAUUUGUAACUUGACUCUGGGUAUUGGAAAUGGGAUAUAUCAUUAUUCUUUCGGAAUGCAAGAGACAAAGAUGUUCCUUGCAUGUUUCUUCUUUUUCUAUCUUAUUAUUGGAUUUCAGUCACUAAUACUAUUA